AUGCACGCGUUCUAUUUGUUUGGAUUGACGCUAGUCACAGGCGCCUGGAGCUGGGGCUAUGGCGGGCCCGACUAUUACGGCGCCCAGUGCGACCAUUUGCAGUGCUCGGAUGUCAAGGAGGAGGUCUGCGCUAAGAUCGAGGGCGGACAUCAGCGGGCGACCUUCGAUAAUGCCUGCGAGGCCCAGCGCUAUAGCUGCCUAACGGGAAAUUAUUGGCGCAUACUGUACGAGGGUCCCUGCGACUGCCCCGUCAAGUGUCCACUGACGUGCAGUCCGAUCUGUGCCACGCUGGAGAAUACGCAAAAGUCGUUUCAAAAUCAAUGCGAAAUGCAGCAAUUCAUAUGCCACACCAGCGAACCCUGGAGAUACCUGCACGAAGGGCCAUGCGCAGGCGAAGAGGCCAUAUACUCACCACAAGCACCUUUAAUGAGAGCGAAUCCAUCCUAUCCGCUUUAUCCACCUCAACAUGCAUAUGGGCCACCUGCCUAUGGAUAUCCUGCUUACGGACCCUAUGGCUAUCACCAGCCAGCUUAUGGACCCCCCUUGCCAAUGGCUUACCCAAACCCCUAUAUCUCCCAACGGGCAGCGUCUCAGCUGCAGCCUUAUCACGUGUACAUCUCGAGAGAUGCUCUGCCCACAGAGUCAAGCGAAGCAUUCGGAACGACGACAGCCAAACCGGCGGAUGAAGUCUCAACUGAGCUAUCGAAGAGUGAAACAGAUGAAAGUUCUUCCUCCGAUGCGACAUCCGAUCCUAGUCCGCUCAAUGAGGAGAAACAGGUUUUAAUACAAAGCUUAAGGAAAGAAAUCAAUGAUGAUGCUAUCCAAGGGAAUACAACUACUUCUUCUGCUUCUGAAUACAAUUCGCCAACAGAAGCAGCCGUAAGUUCAGAUGGAGCUGCAGACAAAAAGGCAUAUGAUCCAUACUCUCAAGAAACAACUACUGAAUCGACUGAGAGCUCGACGUCAGACUCAUCAUCGGACUCUACAUCAGAGCCACAAGUCCAAAGCUUAAGCAGAGCAGCAGCUGUAGACCAGGAAAUA